AAUGUUUUAGGAAGUCUCAUUAAACUAUUUUAAAGUACCAAGUUCUAAAUAUGAAGAAACAUAACUAUUGGCAAUCUUGGAUUGUUCAGGAUCCAUGUAUAACUGUAAAAUAUAAAUUUUAUUUUAUAGAUUGGCAAUAUGUGGCAAAAUACUAUAAUGAAAUAAGGAGUAAGGUAAAACUACAUUGCGCAAUUACAUUUGAUACUAAAGUAAAAAGUAUUCCUUAAGCUGAUCUUACAAAUAAUAUUAAUACUUAUGGUGGAGGAGGAACAAACAUAACAGUAGCAUUCUUAGAGUUGAACAAAUUGUUGUAUUCUCUAAAAUAAAAGAAGAAUGUUACUGUUUUAUUUGUCUCUGAUGGAUAAGGGGAAUUUUCAAAGGAACUUAUAGAUAAGACAAGGCCAGCCAUAGAAAAUUUAAAUUUUAUUUGUAUUGGGGUUGGCAAAAAUUUUCCUACAUUUAUUUCAAUGAAUUUAAGAGAAUUGUACCAUAAUGGAGAUAGAUCUAUUCCUCCAUUAUUUUUGGUUGACACAAAUGAUUAAGGAAUUGAUUCAAUAGAUAAGAGAUUUUAAAUUGAAAUGCUAUCUGCAGCUGAAUAUAUGAAACAUCAAAAACCAAUAAAGAUUUCACCUUGCUAUUAAUUUCCUUGGGAUUAAAUUACAGAAUUAGUUUGGCCUGAUUCUUGGGUCUCAUUUUAUUCUGACGAGUUGGAAACAGAAAAUGGAAAAUUAUAAAAAAUAGAAGUAAAAGGAGAAUAAAUUGGAUUAAUUGCAGGUUAUUGGUUAUAAAAUUUAUAAUUAAUGUCUUUAAGAAAAAAGGUAGCAUAAGAAGCUUAAAUAGCUUUGACUGAAUUAAACAAAUUCAUUUUUGGGAAAAAGUUAACAUUUUUAGAGAGAGUAUAAGAAUAGAAAUCAGCACUUAAUUAAAUAAUUUAAGAACUUAAGUUUUUGGCAUCUGCUUAAACAUUAUAAGAAUUAGAUGAAGCAACAGCUGCACAAAGACUUAAAAUUGGAACCUAAAUUGGAAAGUAUCAUAAUAAAGCUUUGAAAUUUGCAGGUGUAUCUGUAGAAGCAUUUUAAACAUAUAAAUAAGAAUUUAUAGCUAUGAUUGAAAAGACUAAAUUUGUCAAUCAUGAUUUUCCAGUUUCAAUACUUUCCUUAUAAAAUUAAGUUGAUAUUUUAACAGAUCCAGAUUUAAUUGAAGGUGUCAAGAAUUGUGAAACACAAUAUCAUCUAGUAUAAUCUCUCCCUAUAAUUGGAUAUGCUUUGUAUGUAAAAAGAUCAGAUCAAUCAAGAAUCAAUCCAUAUACUGUUGAAGUACUUAAUAUUGCCAAGAUAAAUAAAUAUAUUGAUUCAUUAGCAAUUAUAGAUUCUCCAAAUCAUGAAGUUGAAUUUAAUAUUGGGGAUAAUGAAAAGGAAAAAUUUAAUUGUUUGGUUCCAUUAUAUCAACAUGAAAUUCUUAUUCCUUUUCUAAGAUCAAGCAUAUUCCAUAUUUAGAUGNUAGAAAAUUUAAAUUUUAUUUGUAUUGGGGUUGGCAAAAAUUUUCCUACAUUUAUUUCAAUGAAUUUAAGAGAAUUGUACCAUAAUGGAGAUAGAUCUAUUCCUCCAUUAUUUUUGGUUGACACAAAUGAUUAAGGAAUUGAUUCAAUAGAUAAGAGAUUUUAAAUUGAAAUGCUAUCUGCAGCUGAAUAUAUGAAACAUCAAAAACCAAUAAAGAUUUCACCUUGCUAUUAAUUUCCUUGGGAUUAAAUUACAGAAUUAGUUUGGCCUGAUUCUUGGGUCUCAUUUUAUUCUGACGAGUUGGAAACAGAAAAUGGAAAAUUAUAAAAAAUAGAAGUAAAAGGAGAAUAAAUUGGAUUAAUUGCAGGUUAUUGGUUAUAAAAUUUAUAAUUAAUGUCUUUAAGAAAAAAGGUAGCAUAAGAAGCUUAAAUAGCUUUGACUGAAUUAAACAAAUUCAUUUUUGGGAAAAAGUUAACAUUUUUAGAGAGAGUAUAAGAAUAGAAAUCAGCACUUAAUUAAAUAAUUUAAGAACUUAAGUUUUUGGCAUCUGCUUAAACAUUAUAAGAAUUAGAUGAAGCAACAGCUGCACAAAGACUUAAAAUUGGAACCUAAAUUGGAAAGUAUCAUAAUAAAGCUUUGAAAUUUGCAGGUGUAUCUGUAGAAGCAUUUUAAACAUAUAAAUAAGAAUUUAUAGCUAUGAUUGAAAAGACUAAAUUUGUCAAUCAUGAUUUUCCAGUUUCAAUACUUUCCUUAUAAAAUUAAGUUGAUAUUUUAACAGAUCCAGAUUUAAUUGAAGGUGUCAAGAAUUGUGAAACACAAUAUCAUCUAGUAUAAUCUCUCCCUAUAAUUGGAUAUGCUUUGUAUGUAAAAAGAUCAGAUCAAUCAAGAAUCAAUCCAUAUACUGUUGAAGUACUUAAUAUUGCCAAGAUAAAUAAAUAUAUUGAUUCAUUAGCAAUUAUAGAUUCUCCAAAUCAUGAAGUUGAAUUUAAUAUUGGGGAUAAUGAAAAGGAAAAAUUUAAUUGUUUGGUUCCAUUAUAUCAACAUGAAAUUCUUAUUCCUUUUCUAAGAUCAAGCAUAUUCCAUAUUUAGAUGACAUUUGUAUUAAUGGAAAAUGCAGAUACUUGUUUUGAAAAUGCUUAUGCUGCAUUAUUAGGCAAUACUUUAUUGUAUAUGAUUUGUUAAGAGGAAAACUAAUGGAAAUAUGAGAUGAUUGAAUUGAUUAAUUCUAGUUUUAUGUUGGCUUAUUCAGAUUCAACCAAGAUUAAAUAUCAUAUGGAUUAUUUAUUAUCAGAUCCAAUAGGAACAAUGGCUGAUGAAAAUUUGUCAACUAAAACCUAAUGUGAAGAUUUAUCAAAAACUAUUUUGAUGUUAAAUUAGAUCAAGAAUAAUUUCAAAUAAGAUUAAUUUAGGAUGAUAAUCUAACGAUUAGUUAUUGAAGCUAUCUGUAGAAUUACAAGAAAUCAUUAAUUAUUCAAAACAGUUAUGGAAGUUGAUUUACAAUUGGAGAAUGAAAUUAUUAAUAAAAUUAAAUCAUAAUUUACAAUAGAGGAAUUGGAUAAUAUAUAAGAUUUUCAAAUAUUGAAAUAAAAAAUAGAGGAUAAAAUAAAAACAUUAAAUAUUGAUUUUAAUACUUUAAUAUGUAAGAUGGAAUUCAAUAAACCUUAAUUUUUAUAAAUAAUUAAUGAACAGAAAUUCAAUACAAAGACUUUGUAAUCAAUUUAUAGGUAUUUUUUAAAUGAAGAAUUACCAGAAGAACUAUUUAUUAUAGCUACUUAUCAUUCACGAAUUGAAAAGUCUUUUGAUAGAUCUAAAAAGGAAGUUGAAUGGAGUUUGAAUAAAAUUUUUAAUGAAUUACUUAUUGAAGAUCAAAUAAAAGAAAAAUAAAAGUCAAUAUCUCAAACUGUAUUUGAUUAAUUAAAAAAUUAAUGCAAUUAUCUUAAAUUAAAUAAUAAGAAUAAGAAUAAAGUAUAUGGUAAUAAAAUUCCAAGAGUGGAAAGGAGAAGAAUUAGAAAGUAAAAAUUACGAGAAUAGAAACUAUUAUAGUAAUAAGCAUUUUAAUAGUAAUAGCCAUGA